AUGAAAAUUCUUAUCAGUGAUCCUUUGCAAGUCGUAUGGUCCUCAGACGGUCUUGUGGGCAAGAGAUAUUUUCAACGGGAUGGACGACAUUACGUUGAGAUUCAGGAACCUUCUCGGCCAAGUGAAGGACAACCAACAGAGACAAGAGUACAGCAGCCAAUGCAUCCAAAAGCUGCACCGAAGCAGAUUCAACAGCAGCCAAGAGAUGAAAAUGAAAUUUACAUUGAUGAAGAAUUACGACAAAGCGGGGUAAUUGAACCUGUACAGCCAAAACCAGCACCUGAGCCUGUACCUGUAAUACCCGAGGAAUUCGCUGAUAAACCAGCAGCUUACUAUGAUGAAACCUGGUAUGAGCCACCUGGUCAAAUGCUUUAUCCACGAUUGCUAUUCUCCCCUCGUUAUGGUUGGCGUGAGAUGGUACAGGAUGAAGUGUCACGACUUCGAAGAAUCAAACCAAUAUCAGAGUAUGAACAAAGCAGAAAUGGAAGACUCAACAACAGAAGGCGUCUUCCGAAAGUGGACCUCAGCCUUCCCCAUCCUCACAAAUCCGAAAUUCAACAACCAGUCCCGAAAUUUCAAAGUCACGGUGGCACAUGGAUCUUCCGAAAUGAUAAGUGGGAAUUUGAGCCGCGUGGUGCAGUGGAAGCAUCUCAAAUCACUCCAGACUUCGUAGCUCCUGUUUACGAUUCUGGAACAUGGGUUUAUGACAAUGGUGCAUGGCACUAUAGGCCCCUUUCGAAACCUUUUGAAACCUCAUCCGAGUCUAUUCCUGCUGUUAAGGUUGAAGAGAACCGAAAGACAGGCGAAAAAACAUUGGUAAAAGUGAGAAAAUUCCCAAAAGCCCCUGAUUAUCAGGAUAAUCAUCGUGAAUUGCUGGCUAAGGCUGUGCUUAUGGAUCAUGAAAAGGAGAAAGAUAGAUAUAAUAAGGAAGAUGACACCGACUACAGUAAGUGGUAUUAUUCCCAACGUAGGGAUCAGAAGGAUCGUCCAACGGGAAGAGACAGCACGUGGAAUACUUAUGAUACCAAGCCUGUAGGUGCUGGUAGUGACGGACAACUGCCACAAGCGGACUCAGCACAUUAUUUACAGAAGGGAGAUAUGGCAGCUGUCGUCUAUUCAGAAAAGGAUCAGAAUAAAAAUGAAGAAGAAGAAAAGAAAAAAUCUUCAGGAUCAAGUUACUUCAUCAAAGAAGGUAAUAUAGGAGCUUAUGUUUAUACUGGAGGGGAUGGCACAAGUGAAAACUCGUCCAGCGGUGGAGAAGGAGCACGACAACCAGCACAACAACCUCAGAGAGACCUCUCUGUAGACGAGUUCAAACGUCUUCAACCCUCAUAUCAAAAAACUUCCACUCUACAAUUAAAAGAUCCAUCUGGUAUAAAACCUUGUGACAGCACCGGGACAAUUUCUGGAAAUGGAGAAUUUUGGCUGCUGAGAACUCGUCCCUGCGAUGCGAACUCGCGCGAGGGACGUAUUAUGCUACCAACUGGAGAGUUGCUAAGGUUUUUCGGUCAGCCUCAACUUGUGAAUGUUUAG